GACAGCGACGGGGAAACGAGAAAUCCAGCAGCCAAAAGUCCAUCCUAAACAAACAACACAAGAGCCUUCUCUCUCUCUCUCUCUCUCUCUCUCUCUCUCGACCUUUAAAAGCUUCCCUUGUGGUUUUCUUCUCUUCUCUAUCUCCCGUUAUUCAAUUUCUCCGAACCUUAUCGUCACAGAUUCUCUCUCUCUUCUUCUUCUCGAUCCGGAAACUGGCAACCAUGAGCGACGAAGGAGAAAAGACCUGUCCACUUUGCACAGAGGAGAUGGACUUGACUGAUCAGCAAUUGAAGCCUUGCAAAUGUGGUUACGAGAUAUGUGUUUGGUGUUGGCAUCACAUAAUGGACAUGGCAGAGAAGGAUGAUACAGAAGGGAGGUGCCCAGCAUGUCGGGUCCCUUACGACAAAGAGAAAAUAGUAGGGAUGGCUGCUAGCUGUGGAAGAUUGGUGGCUGAAAUUAAUGUUGAGCGUAAGAAGUCACAAAAGGCAAAGUCAAAGCCAUCUGAAGGAAGAAAGCAACUCAGCAGUGUGCGGGUGAUCCAACGAAACCUUGUGUACAUAGUUGGGUUGCCUCUUAAUCUAGCAGAUGAAGAUCUUCUCCAGCGCAAAGAAUAUUUUGGCCAGUAUGGGAAGGUUCUAAAAGUGUCCAUGUCUCGAACAGCAGCUGGUGCCAUUCAACAGUUUCCAAACAAUACUUGUAGUGUAUAUGUAACUUACUCAAAGGAGGACGAAGCAAUUCGUUGUAUUCAGUCUGUACAUGGAUUUGUCUUGGAUGGUAGAUCUUUAAAGGCUUGCUUUGGGACCACAAAAUAUUGUCAUGCAUGGCUGAGAAAUGUGCCUUGCACCAAUCCAGAUUGUCUAUACUUGCAUGAAAUAGGUUCCCAAGAAGACAGUUUUACUAAAGAUGAGAUAAUAUCGGCAUACACCAGGAGUAGAGUUCAACAAAUCACCGGUGCAACAAACAAUAUGCUGUGGCGUUCAGGGAGUAUGUUGCCUCCACCUGUAGAUGAUUAUAGCAGCAAUAGUUCUGCUUCUGUAGCAAAACCUAUUGUCAAAAAUACUUCAAAUAAUUCAAUUAUUACGGGCAAGGGCUCUCCUCCAAAUAUAAGCUCUGGUAGAUCUAUUGCACUUCCAGCAGCAGCCUCAUGGGGGAUGCGUGCCUCUAGUCAGCCACAAGCUACUACUUCUACAUCUUCAAAUGGACCUACUAAACCAAAACCGGACACAGUUAAUGGCACAUUAGGCUUCGCAGCAGCAGUUGCAAAUACAAAUCAGGCUACUACAUUGCAUAGUGAUGUGGGAAAAAGGGCAACUUGGAAUGAGGACAGUCAAACUACGAAUGGUAAAGGCAAACAAGAUCCUUUGACAUCCGUUAAACAGAAUGUUGAAGAUUCUCCAUCCAGUGCGCCAGACAAACCAGCCACAGUUCAUGCUAAUCAUGCUGUAACAUUAAGUAAUCAGUCAUCUAGUUCUCCAACUGAUCACAAUGACUGGGGCUCUGCUUUGAUGGCAAAUGGUGCAAACUCCUUUGUUCAUGCUGUGCCAUCUUCUGGGCCUGAAAAGGUGGGAAUUGCUGCAACUGAUAUGGAUUCAGUAAAGAUUGAUAUUAAUUUUAGAAGUGAAGUUUCUGGCGUAACAAGAAAUUGUAGCUCACUUAGAGAUGAUAAUGUGAUAAGAUCGACUUUAUCACCUAAGAGUCAAGGGUUACAGCAAUCAUACACUGACCAAUGUAGAGAACCUUUGGCUUCACCAGGAACUGAGAAAAUUUAUGGUCCAGGGGAAGAACAGCCUGACUGGAGAAUAGAUUCUCAAAUUCAAUCAGUUAUGAAUUCCAUUUCCGAAGUAGAGGAAGAUAUAAUAUCAUUUGAAAACCAGAGACUCAAGGAUCCGGAAGUUGUGAGUCAUUCUAUGUACCUGCCAAAUUCAGCUAAUUCACUCCAUAUUACAAAUCUUUCUAGGUCUCAUUCUUUGCAACGUAAUGAGCCUUUUGGUGCUGUCAAUCUAAAUGCUGAUCCUCUAUUCAUGGAUAAUAGAGUUGGUGACACCACACUCGUGCGUGCAUCUAGUAAUACUGUAAUAUCAAAUGGAUAUCCUGAGAAAUUGCUCCACAGUUCUACUGGUUUGGAUAGAAACAUGGAGCAUUCCUUCUCUCUUCCAAAUGAGGGGGAAGGGGCGCACAAGGGAAGAUUUCAGGGUGAUGCUACAGCCGCGGACGUGGGUGAGAACAGCAUAAUUUCAAAUAUAUUAUCACUAGAUCUUGAUGGAUGGGAAGAGCCGCUAACAUCAUCUCAGAAUUUGGCUAAAUUGUUGGUUGAAACUGAGAGACAGUCUAGUUCUCUCAAUUCCUGGAAAGUUCAAAAUAACAGUCAGUCUAGGUUCUCUUUUGCAAGACAGGAGGAAUCAAGAAAUCAAGCAGUUGAUGUUGAUCCAUGUUUUAGUGUUUUUGGGAAGUGGGCAAAGGAUCUCUCGUUUAGUCAGGGUUUUUCAGAAAAAAGAAAUUCAUAUUUGGAUAAGGUUGGGAUGGGUAAUGGUUUCUCUACUGGUAAUUUCGAGGAAUCUGAAAAUUUUACCAAUGGUCUUUCAGUUUUUUCUUCUAACAAGCCAUCUGCAGUUUCGAGAGCCCAAAUUUCUGCCCCUCCUGGAUUCUCUGUUCCUAACAGAGCUCCACCCCCAGGCUUUUCUUCCCAUGAGAGGAUGGAUCAGAUUUUUGAUACUAUAUCUGGGAAUCAUUUGCUCAACUCUUCUUCCAUGCUGAGAAAUUCAUAUCAGCCACCCUCAACUGGAAGUAUUAGUAGUAGUGGGGAUGUUGAAUUCAUGGAUCCUGCUAUUUUGGCAGUUGGUAAAGGGAGACUUCAAAGUGGGCUUAACAAUUCAGGCUUUGACAUGAGAACAAAUUUCCCACAACAGCCAAGUGCCUUUGAGAAUGAGGCAAGGCUUCAGUUAUUGAUGCAGCGAUCUCUCUCACCACACCAGAACCUGAGAUAUGCUGAAACUGGGGAUAGCUUUUCUUCUCUUACAGAUUCCUAUGGCAUUUCUUCAAGGCUUGUGGAUCAAUCACAAAUAAGCAAUCUAUCUCCUUUCAUGCAAAUGUCCCUUCAGCAUUCUAGGAAUGGACUUGUGUCGAAUGGGCACUGGGAUGGCUUCAAUGAGGUUCCAGGUGGAAACAAUCUUAGUGUGGCAGAACUCCUCCGAAAUGAGAGACUGGGAUUGAACAAGUUCUACACUGCUGGGUAUGAAGAUUCUAGGUUUCGGAUGCCAAGUUCAGGAGACUUGUAUAACAGGACAUUGAGAUGGGAACACUGCUGGAAUGACAAAUUUUUAUCUGGCUAGCAACGGCCAGCAGAGAAGCAUAAAUGAUCCAUAUGCAAUUAUGUGGCCUUGGACUGAAGGAUGGGACUGACUCAUGACUGAUCUCUUUGGGCAGCCUGAUGAAGGAUAAACUCCCGAAAACCGGGGUCUUGAGGGCAGCAGGUAAUGGUGGACGAAGCUGCAACCUACAUUUGAUAUGAAGACUGUAUUAUGAAAUGCUGUAUGUUGUCAACUGGCAGGUUGAUCCUCCAGUCGAUCGAGUGUUUUGCUCCUCUUUAUAUAGGAAAGAGUAAAUUUUGGUUGCUGUUCUCACAACUAAAUAGAUGAAAGGCUUAUAUGACCCUUCUUUAAGUUUGCCGUGGGGUGAUUGAUUUCUACACCUACUGCCUCUAUUAUAUGACCAAAGGCUUAGAUUUGAAAAUUUAAGUUGUUUACAGUUGUUUGAUA